AUGCCCCAGGGGACAGAUGUCUUGGGAUCUUUAACAUUUGGGAUGCUGCAAAUGCCGAAGUUAAAUGAAAUACCUCCGGGGAGGGACGGCCGGGGGGAGACUCGGGGAGAGGGAAGAAGGCCUGGACAAACAGGUCCUGAAGCUGCGAGGCAGAACCAGGGGGCGCAGGGCCAGGCGGGCGGCGCCAGAUCUCCAUGGGACAGGUGGGGAAACUCCAGGCUACCUACAAGCCCUGGCCGAGGUUGGGGACGGUGUCACCCUUCCUGGCUCUGCACACCCCCCUCCCAGAAAUCUACCAUGGAGAGUAAGGAUGAGGUCAGUGACACAGACAGCGGCAUCAUCCUGCAGUCUGGCCCCGACAGCCCGGUGUCCCCAGUGAAGGAGCUGACCCAUGCGGUGCGCAAGCAGCAGCAGGCCCUGGAGGAACGACUGGAGGCCUGCCUGGAGGAGCUGAGGAGACUCUGCGUGAGGGAGGCGGAGUUGACGGGCACCUUGCCAGCAGAGUAUCCCCUCAAACCAGGGGAAAAGGCCCCGAAGGUUCGCCGCAGGAUCGGAGCAGCCUACAAAUUGGAUGAGGAGGCCUUGCAAAGGAAGGACCCCCUGAGCAGCCUGGAGCAGCAAGUGGCCCUGCAGCUGCAGAUCACCGAGGCGUUGCGUCAGCUGGUCAAGGAGGGGAAUGUCAGCAGGCAGACCCGCCGGCAGCGCAAGCACGCCAUGCUGCAGGAGGAGAAGAAGCUGCGGGAGCUGGAGCGGUGCCUGGGGGAGCAGCGGCGCAAUAGCGGGCCCCCUCCGGCCCCCGCCCUCCACCUGGGCCCAGAGCUCAGUGCCUCCGACGACAGCUCCCUGUCAGAUGCGCUGCUCCUGGAGGAAGAGGAGUGCCAAGCGCCAAAACCUCCCCCAGAGUCCCCGGCUCUACCUUCCCGGCCUCUCCCACCUCAGAGCCUUGAAGGGCUGCAGCCCGCGGGACCCGAGACUGGGGGCCUGGACCGGGCCCCCAUCCAGAACAGCCCCUGGAAGGAGACCAGCCUGGAUCACCCCUAUGAGAAGCCCAGGAAGUCUUCUGAACCCAGCAGCGAGUCCAGCAGCCCUGCCAGCACUCCCCAGGAUGGACCCUGCGCCUCCAGCCUGUGGCUGGUGGAUCCUGCCUCCUGCCAUAUGGUUCCCAUCCACAAUGUUCCCGGCCAGUGGCAGGGCCGCACCAGCGCCCCGGCCACCCCCGAGAUGCAGGGGCGGAGGGGCCAGUCACAAUCCCUAAGGAUGGAGUCCUUCCGGGCCGGACCCGAGGGCCGAGGUCGCAGCGCCUUCCCGCGACGCCGGCCCACCCACUACACGGUGACGGUGCCCUCGUCCUGCUUUCCCCCGACCCAGCCACCGCUGCCGCACCCUGCCUACCACUCCUGCUCUGAGGACAGUGGCUCCGACGUCUCCAGCAUCUCGCACCCCACCUCGCCAGGCAGUAGCAGCCCUGACAUCUCCAUUCUGCGGCCUCUGUCGCCCCCGCAGCUGCCGCGUCAUCGCGGGGUCUGGGGCCCGGUCGCCCACCACCCCCAGUUGCUGCUGCCCCCUGGGUACCUCCCGGCCGGGCGCUAUGUGAUGGUGGCAGAGAGCCUCCUCCCACCGGGCGAGUUUGAGCUGUGCCGCACCCCGCUGGGCCGGGCCUACGACGAGGAGGGCGUGGCCCUGCGCUUCCAGCGCCUGGUGCCAUCGCACAGCCGCGUGGUGCGGACACCCUCGCUGAAGGACAGUCCGGCCGGCCGUGGGCUCAGCAAAGCCGCCGUCUCCGAAGAGCUCAAGUCCUGGCACGAGCGAGCCCGGCUUCGCAGCUCCCGGCCCCACUCGCUGGACCGCCAAGGGGCCUUCCGCGUCCGGAGCCUGCCCCCCGGGAGAGAGGGAUUCACUCGAGCCUUGGCGCCUCGGACGCAGGUACCUGCAGUGUGUGUGUUGCGGAGAUCGCCCGAGGGGGCCCCUGUGCAAGUCUUUGUACCUGAGAACGGCGAGAUCAUCAGCCAGGUGUAACCAAGGACAGGGUCAUCUGCUCCAAGUGCCUCAGCCCGGCCCCGCUGUCAGGAAAGACUGUGUCCUCGGGGGCUGGACUGACACUGCCCCUAAGUGCCUUCUUCAGCUCCCUUCCCCCAUCGCAGGUCGAUGACCUGGAGCUGAAUUUUUUUUUUUACCAGUUUUUAUUUGGAAGUUCUGGACUGAGGAUUUAUAUUUGUGAUUUGUUCUCAAGAUCCCUGUAAUAUGAUGUUUUAUUGCCCAGAAACUGGCCUACUGGACUUGAGGGCUGACAGCAUUUGUCUCCACAUGCAAGGAGUGGACUGGGGUGCGUGAAGCAGGGAGCGCAUACGGAAUUCCUCAAACGCUCCUGCUCCUGGUUGCAAGAAGCUCCUGGAGGACAGCUCUGGCCCUCUUGGCCCACUGGCGAAUAUAUCACUCCCCAUGUCCCAGGUCUCUGGGUAGUGUAGUGCCCCCGCUGGGGGGAAUCUCCUCACCCUUUAUACUGUGCUCUGUGACGCACACACCAAUGGUCAGCAUGCCCCGGUGGAGGUCUUCCUGGCCCUGUAAGUCCUCUGUAGGGACCCCCAGUCACUAUUCCCUCCCUCUGCCCUGUGGGCUCCCAGCAUCCACCCAGACCUCGGAACCUAGAGUUUGAGGCCCCUCCCCCACCGCCAGCUCAGAAGGCCCAGGGGUGGGUGCUGGUGUUGGUUGGAGAACACCUCGCCCUGGAACCAUCUUGAGGCCUCAGGGAGCCUGAUGUUCCAUCUCUCUGACAUUUCAUAUUGUCCUAAGCCGAGACUUCGUCAUAUUUAUAGAAUGGCACCGCUCUUGUGUCACGCUCUCUUGCUGCACCUGUGAGAUGAGACGUGGGUUCCAUGAAGGGGGCGCCUCUCUGUGCAGACACGACGCCUAAGGGUGCUGGUCAGCUGUUCCAGCCACGUGGACGUGAAUGGCCUGGAAGCCCCCAGCUUCUCAUCCUGGGCCCUUGUUCCUGCCCGAAGCCUGCUUCAGAGAGAAGGCUGCUGAGUGGACGGUGGAGGCUUGGAGGGU